UGUUCUAGACAUAGGGACUGGCACAGGACUCCUGUCUAUGAUGGCAGCUUCAGCAGGUGCAGAUUUCUGCUAUGCAGUUGAGGUUUUCAACCCCAUGGCUAAUGCUGCUGUGAAGAUAGUGGAGAAAAAUGUUUUUUGUGACAAGAUCAAGAUAAUCAACAAGCACUCUACUGAAGUCACAGUUGGCCCAGAUGGAGAUAUGCAAUGUCAUGCAAAAAUCCUGGUAACAGAACUAUUUGAUACAGAGCUGAUAGGAGAAGGAGCUUUACCAACCUAUGAGCAUGCACACAAGUAUCUUGUACAGGAAGGAUGUGAGGCAGUGCUUCACAGAGCAACAGUAUAUGUCCAAUUAGUGGAAUCCAAAAGAAUGUGGGCCUGGAACAAACUGUUUCCUGUUCAUGUGGAAGCAGAGGAUGGUGAAAAAAUUAUUGUCUCCCCUUCAGAAAUGGAGAACUGUCCAGGUGUUCCUUCUGUUUGUGAUAUCCAACUGAACCAGAUGCCUUCAAGUGACUUCACUAUACUUAGUGAUGUGGUGACAAUGUUCAGCAUGGAUUUCGGUAAGCCAGUAAGGAGCGCUUCUACCUACUAUAGAGCACAGCUGGAGCCUGUAAAAUCUGGCAAGGCACAAAUUGUACUCUGGUGGGAUAUUGAAAUGGACCCCUCUGGGACGAUAAAUUGCACAAUGGCUCCAUACUGGGUAAAACCCACUUCUGCUUUCCAGUGGCUAGUUCACUGGAUGCAGUGUGUAUAUUUUCUUGCAAAUGAUGAGCCAGUUCUCCAGGGUGAGAAGUUGUACCUGACUGCCUGUUGUGAUGAGUAAUGUGUGGUAUAAGCUGCAGAAAGCCAGAGGAGAAGAG